AUGGAGGGGGCGCUGCACAAGUGGACCAACUAUCUGAGCGGUUGGCAGCCUCGAUGUUUCCUUCUUUGUGGGGGAAUAUUAUCCUAUUAUGAUUCUCCUGAAGAUGCUUGGAAAGGUUGCAAAGGGAGCAUGCAAAUGGCAGUUUGUGAAACUCAAGUUCAUUCUGUAGGUAACACACUCAUGGACCUGAUAAUUCCUGGGGAUCAUUAUUUCUACCUGAAGGCCAGAAGUGUGGCUGAGAGACAACGGUGGCUGGUGGCCCUGGGUUCAGCCAAGGCUUGCCUGACAGACAGUAGGACCCAGAAGGAGAAAGAGUUUGCUGAAAAUACGUUAAACUUGAAAACCAAAAUGUCAGAACUAAGACUCUACUGUGACCUCCUUCUUCGGCAAGUAGAUAAAACAAAAGAAGUGACCACAACUGGAGUGUCCAAUUCUGAGGAGGGAAUUGAUGUGGGAACUCUGUUGAAAUCCACCUGCAAUACUUUUCUGAAGACCUUGGAAGAGCGCAUGCAGAUUGCAGGUGCAGCCUUCACCUCUGAGCCCUACCGCACUCCCCCAGGACCACCACAGCCGGCCAUGCUCACGUCCAACAAGAGGAAACACCCCAUUGUACCGAUUCAUAAUUCACUGGAAAGGCAAGUGGAGCUGAAUAAUUGUGAAAAUGGAUCUUUGAAUACGGAAAUAAAUGGUGAUGAAGAAAUCCUGAUGAAAAACAAGAGCUCCUUAUAUUUGAAAUCUGCAGAGACAGACUGCAGCAUAUCAAGUGAAGAAAUCACAGUCCAAGGUGAAAUAAUGAAGGAAAACGAAGAGGAAAACCUGGGAAAUCAUGAUAGCAACUUAGCACAGCCUGGAUCUGACUCCAGUUGCUCUCCAGAAUCCCACUGGGAAGAAGGCAAAGAAGUUAUCCCAACUUUCUUUAGUCCGAUGAACAGCAGCUUUAGUGCCAUCGAACUUCUGGAAGACAGUGGCAUUCCCACAGAAGCAUUCUUGGCAUCUUGUUAUGCUGUGGUUCCAGUACUAGACAAACUUGGACCUACAGUAUUUGCUCCUGUUAAAAUGGAUCUGGUUGGAAACAUUAAGAAAGUAAAUCAGAAGUAUAUAACCAACAAGGAAGAGUUUACUACCCUUCAGAAGACAGUGCUGCACGAAGUAGAGGCGGAUGUAGCCCGGGUUAGGAACUCAGCUACUGAAGCCCUCUUGUGGCUGAAGAGAGGUCUCAAAUUUUCGAAGGGAUUUUUGACAGAAGUGAAAAAUGGAGAAAAGGAUAUCCAAACAGCCCUUAGUAAUGCAUAUGGUAAAACAUCAUGGCAACACCACGGCUGGGUAGUUCGAGGAGUUUUUGCAUUAGCUCUGAGGGCAGCUCCAUCCUAUGAAGAUUUUGUGGCCGCGUUAACCAUAAAGGGAGGCGACCAGAAAGAAGCUUUCAGUAUGGGGAUGCAGAGAGACCUCAGCCUUUACCUCCCUGCCGUGGAAAAGCAGCUGGCGAUACUGGACACUUUAUACGAGGUCCACGGGCUGGAGUCUGAGGAGGUGGUAUGA